AUGGAUGAAUACGGCUUCACAAGGCUUAAGGAAAAUGAAAUUUUGGAUGAAGAAGAAUAUGAAGUCCUAUAUGUUGCCCCCGCGGAGAUUGUUGUACUCCUGUCUAUAUUCUAUGGAACUAUUAGUUUAGUUGCAAUAGUCGGUAAUUCAUUGGUGAUCUGGGUGGUGGCCACCACUCGGCAAAUGCGAACCGUAACAAAUAUGUACAUAGCGAACCUGGCAUUUGCGGAUGUAAUAAUUGGAUUAUUUUGCAUACCAUUUCAGUUUCAAGCAGCUUUGUUACAGCGAUGGACUUUGCCAUGGUUUAUGUGCGGAUUUUGUCCUUUUGUCCAGGCGGUCAGUGUUAAUGUGUCUGUAUUUACAUUAACGGCAAUUGCCAUAGAUCGUCAUCGAGCCAUACUAAAUCCGCUGAGGGCUCGUCCUACGAAAUUUGCAUCGAAAUUCAUUAUUGCCACUAUUUGGCUGGCGUCAUUGACCUUUGCUACACCCUGUGCCAUUGCCUUUCGAGUGGAAUUAUUGCAUGAGCGGCGAAAAGACACUAUCAACAACACAAUAUACAAUGUGACAACACCAUUUUGCAAUAACGUAAAUCUGUCCGAAAGUCAGCUACAGACAUACCGUUAUUCGCUAGUAUUCGUUCAAUAUUUGGUGCCGUUUUGCGUCAUCAGCUUCGUUUACAUACAAAUGGCCAUACGUCUGUGGGGUACUCGAGCACCGGGUAAUGCGCAGGAUUCAAGGGAUAUCACAUUGUUGAGGAACAAGAAAAAGGUUAUAAAAAUGCUGAUUAUUGUUGUGAUUGUAUUCGGAGUCUGUUGGUUGCCACUGCAGUUGUACAACAUCCUUUACGUUACAAUUCCAGAGAUAAAUGAAUACCAGUUCAUCGGUAUUGUUUGGUUCUGCUGCGACUGGCUGGCCAUGAGUAACAGCUGUUAUAAUCCUUUCAUCUAUGGUAUAUACAACGAAAAAUUUAAAAGAGAAUUUAAUAAACGGUUUCACACGUUCUUCUGUCAUUUCAAUACAAAUGGCGAGGUACAUGAGCGCACAAUGUCAAUGCAUACACGGGCCAGUUCGCUGCGCUCAACAUAUGGUACAUCACGUCUACGAAAUCAGACCCGCGCCAGCAGUAUCUAUAAUCGGCAGACGUCGAGUGAACGAAGCAGCAAAAAAUAUGAAAGCCCACAAAUGUGCAAUUUUAUAACCUACAAUGUAAAUAGCAAUGGUGAAGAGAUCAUGAUAAAUGGUCUAAACGUUAAUGGUAGUGAUCUGAAACCCAAAGAAAUCGUCUCCGGUCCUCCCAGUUCGGGUUGCCAAUGGCAACGAAACAAUUUCAAACCCCUACAUCCCGAAUUGUUGGAAUGUGAUAGUAAUGAGGAACAGGCGGUGUUGGUGGCUGAUAAACAUCCCAAACCGAUGGACUCUAAUGUAACCAAUAAGUCUAGUAAUUCCUCAAUUAUUGAGGAAACAGUGAUUUUAAGAACCCAUCAUCACCAGACAAUAGUCUAA